AUGUCAUCCCAUCAAAUUUUCGAUUCUCUCACGAGCGGUAAAACCGUUGCAGAACGAGCUCGCUACAUUCCUCUUCGUUUAAAUUUACACGAACGAAAAAAGUUGAGAUUAUUAGAGGCUGCUUUGAACGUGAGUGAAUAUACCGAUAAGAUUGAUACUAUUCGGACCAUGGGUAAAUUGAAAAGAAUUAAAGAACAAUGUGAAGAAAUUUGUGCCAUUUUGUGUGGAUUGAUGGUUGCUGCAGAUUACAAGAUGGGUCAAGAAUUGAUUGCGAAUAAGAAUUUUAAGGACAAUGAAGAGUUCUUUCAAGAAAUCUUUGAAAUUGGAAGAAGAUACAAAAUCAUGAAUCCAGAAAAGAUGAGAAGUACCUAUGGAAAAUUAUGUUACAUUAUUCAAGAUUCACAAAUUCCAGAAGUUCAAGAAAUGCUUGGAUUUAAAUUAGAUCAUCCUGUUAAAACAGUUUAUUGGUUUUUAGAACAAAAGGGUGUUGCUGAGCUACUUGAAGAUCCAGACAUUAAUUCUGCAACCAAUGAAAUAUUUGCUGAUGGAAAAUCAAGAAGUUUGGUUGAACACGAAAUCAAACUUAAAGAACAAGCAGUUAAAAGAAUUUGUAAAAAGUAUUCUGAAAUGCACGAUAUUGAACCAGAAGAGAUUGAAAUGUGUCUCUACUCCAUCAGUGAUUCGAGUAGUUAUUUAAGACAAGCAGUGUAUCCUGUUGACACCAUUCUUCAAUUUUUCCUUAAUAAUUUCACACGUGACAAUUAUGAAGAAGGAAAAUCAUUGGCUAUUCAAGCCGGAAGAGAGGGAGCUCGUCUUUCACAUAACCAUGCCAUUCAAUUUGAUUUUGUGUAUCAAACUCUCAUGCUUUGGAAGAAUGUUGGAAGAGACAUGUUUGAAUUAUGGUUUUUAGCUGAGAGAGAUUUAUUUUCUUCAGAUUAUCCAUACUCGUUAACCAAUACUGGGCAAGGUCUUAACAGAGUUCAAUAUUCCCCACUUGUGAGAAGAGCAAUGGAAAAAAUUUUAUUGCAAACACAAAGAAGCACAUCUUCAUGGGUUGGUUCUUCUGUUAUUCACCUUGGAGAUGAUGCUGUGCCAAAUGCGUUGAUGUUUAUUGAUAAGUAUACACAAGUUCCAAGAAUUUUGAAUCCAAUUAUUCAAACGUUGAGAGAAGUUGACAAUUACUUGGUCAAGGACGACAAUUUAAAGAAAUAUAUCGAUGAGACCUUUGGAGGUCCCGAAGAAGCAAAAUUAAUGAUUUUAUUGGAUUUCUUUAGACAUGGAUUUGAUGGCAGUGGAGCUGAUAACUUCUUCAUGGCAGGUUCAUGUAUUGAUGGAAGAUUGACCUCAGCAUGGAACUGGACCAGUAAGAUUAAUAAGAAAGCAUACUAUCCUCUCUUUCUUUUGGGCGGUUUCAUUGGUUUCGAUGGAGAAUUUAGAGGAUAA